CGCACCGGCUAUCCAUUUGGUGAAUCUUGCUCAAACGAUUGUUAUAUAUAUCAAACAACAGGUAAAAAACCGAGUGUUGAGCGAAUAGAGGCUACUGGUGAUGCGCCAAUUCCGCAAUAUGGGCCGGGAAUAGUUUUACACGAACAUUAUUUAUAUACGGUUGGGGGAACAACUGGUUAUGAUUACUCUUGUGAAGUGCAUCGCUUAAAUUUGCGCACACGAGUGUGGGAAUGCGUAUAUAUCUGUCGUCCAGAUAUACGCGAAGAUCCAGAGGGUCGUUAUCGUCACGAAGUUGUCUACGAUGGGCAAUACAUAUAUGUGCUGGGUGGUGGUACAUCGAAUUUAGUGUAUGAUUUACAACGCAUCCCUGCAUUUAAUUUAAUUACAAACCGAUGGGAAUAUUUCGUCACAUUACCCGAUCGAACAUCACAAACAAAUCUAACAAUCGAGCGACAAAAUUCCGGAUAUCCAAACCCACGAAAGUGCUUUUCCUGCGUACAGCACACGAAAUCGAAUGGUGAGGUCGAAGCAUUCAUUACGGGAGGCUUGCAGGCCGAUCAAGUAUAUUUUUCAGAUAUAUGGAGAUUAAAUUUUACUACUAAGCAAUGGACACUUAUAAAAACAGCCUCUCUACCAAAAGCUUUGUACUUCCAUGCCGCAGCGCACAGUCAAAAUGGUUGUAUGUACAUAUUCGGUGGUAUUGAAUAUGAUGAAAAACGUAUACGACGGUGCAAUGACCUUUAUAAAAUGUGGAUGACCAUACCAUUAUUAAGUGAAAUUUGCUGGGAGGCAGUGUUACAUUACAGACCAAAUCUCAAAUUGAAUGGCCACUCACAGCUGCUUAAAAUGGGCAUACCAUUGCGCUUUGCACAGAGAUUGUGGCAUUCUUCAAAAGCCAAAUGAUUAUACAAUAAAUGAAGAGAUAUAUGGUAUGGUAUGUCAUGUAACGAGCAAUAAGAAGAGACAAUUUUUAUGUUUCAUUCUAGACAUAAAAGCAUAAUUAUUGUUUGCUAACCAUUUAGGAAUGACAUAGUUUCAUAUGGAAGAAAUGGAACCAAAAGAAUAAACAUAAUAAAAUAAGACAUUAAUAAUGAGUAAAAAUGAAAAAAGCUAAUUAAUAUGAAAAUAAGAGUAAUUAUUUUUAUACGCUACAUAUGUGUACGAGCAGUUGUGGCGAUUUUUUUUACAAUAUGGUUCAUACACUGUCAAUGGAUGCUCAGAUCACGAAUUCUAGAAAAUUGUAUCAUAAGAG